AUGGAUAUGGACCAUGAUGCACACCUCAUCGAAGUCAAAGACUCAGCGCCAAAAGGCUUAGGUGUGUUUGCGAAAGCCAACAUACCUUGCGGCUCCUGUGUCAUUGCAGAACCCGCUCUUCUUAAAGUCAAGGGCGGAAACGCGAAAGAUAUCGUGCGAGCAUUCGAAAGUCUCCCAUCAUCACAGCAAAGUCUAUACCUAGACCUCCAUGGACAUGCCUGCGAGCCGUUCAAGCGUGCUGCUGAACGUGAGAUGGAACAGAAUUGGCAGCAAAUCCCAGAGUUGCAUCGCAGAGUGCUCGCCAUCUAUGCAGCAAACGCAUUUGGUAACGUCUUCUUGCUUUGA